AUGGUGUGGUUUCUCAAGUCGAAGGGGCUCGCCAAUCAGAUCCUGGGCCUUGCCCCCGGUGAGAUCUUUGUGCAGCGCAACGUGGGCAACCAGGCGCUGCACACCGACAUGAACCUCAUGUCCUGCCUGGAGUACGCGGUCAAGGCGCUCAAGGUCAAGACAGUAAUUGUCUGCGGCCAUUAUGGCUGCGGCGCGGUGCGUGCGGCGCUGGAGCUGCCGUCCCGCACCCCGGGGCUGGUCAACUGCUGGAUCAGUGACAUCAGGGAGGCGCGCAACCAGGCGGCGCGUGAGCUGGCGGCCCUGAGCCCCGACGAGCGCGUGGCGCGGCUGUGCGAGCUCAACGUGCUGCGCCAGGUCUUCCACGUGUGCACGAGUCCCGUGGUGCAGUCGGCGUGGGCCGAGGGCCAGGAGCUCCACGUGUGGGGCGUGAUCUACGACCUGGGGGACGGCCUCAUCCGCCGCCUGGCGGGGCCCUUCAAUACAGAGAGCGAGGUCGAUGACACACUGGACGGCUUUGUGAACGAUGAGGCCAAGGUGGUGCGCUGCCCCCACACCAACAAGCUCAAGCUGCAUGCGCUCGCUCCGGACUGCUCAUCUGUGGGCACCAGCAGCAGCCUCGGCACCUCCCCGCGCCACCAGGCCGCCAACCUGCGCGCCCAGCUCAACAGCGCCAACCUCGUCAACGCGGUCAUACGCCACACCACAUGGAGCCUGGACGGCGAGCACGCCACCACGCUUGCGCAUGCGGCGCGCGCAGGCGCCAAGUGA